AUUGUGACAACAGCGCAGGACGCGCGCGCAGCUGUUUACAUAAAGUGUACUAGCGUCCCAUGACGUCACGCAUCCAGAGAAUGGCAUUUAACAGCAUUGUCGACAAACGAGACGAAGACAAUUGUGAUUCAUUUCGGUCAUCAUCCGACCUAACGGGAGCAGUUUUCUGCUCCUUCUUUCGGUACACAUGAAGUUUUUUGUGCACGCUGUGCUCAGAAGAAACGUGGACGGAAACAGGAAGUUAUAGGCAACAAUUCUAAAGACGUCGAACAGAGAGCGAGUGCUAGGCGAUGAACUGUGAAAGGAAGAGGAGCGGCUUCCAGAUCACCAGUGUGACUUCAGACUCAGGUCAUACCUUGAAAUCCGGCCAACCAGCUCCUGGCAUGAUCCUGACUGUUAUCCAAUCAACAGUCACCUCCAGCAGUCCAGGGGGGAGCACUUCCCAGCCCACCACACCCUCCCUGAAGAGGAAAUACAUAUCCCAUGAUGCCUUAGUGCAGGGUAGCUCAUCAUCCAGGUUCAGGCUGGUGCGGUUAGCAGGAGGUGGUCCUAGCAGCCGAGGACACGGCGACACAUAUCGGCGUGGCCGAUGGAUGUGCACAGACUUGGCGGAGCAUCUGCAAGGGGCGAGGUUGAAGCCAGUUGUGGACAGCAUUAGACAUGCCCACUCGCUAGAGUCGCUGGAGUCAAUUAGUCGGGAAUCAGGAAGAGGAGGAGUCCAUUUACAACGCCGGCAAGUCAGAGGCGGGGAGGGUGUGGGGCUAUUGGUGCACGAUGGGCCGGCUCUAAUCAAGGUCCAACUUCCGGAAGAUAAUAUUUCAGAGUCAACCCCCUCUCCUCCGCAGCGUGUACAAAACCUCCUUCCUCCAUUACAACUCUCCAAUCAGUCUGUCCUAAGGUUGUCUCGCUCUCAGCCAAGCUCGCCUCCUGCUGGAACCUUCCAUCUGACGCCCAUUCAGGCUCCAGCAGCCUUUGAUCUCGACCAGAGCAUCUUCAGCCUGUCGACAGACAUCAGUAGUUGCAGCAGUAGUGUGGUUGCCAUUGACAACAAGAUUCAACAGGCAAUGGACCUGGUGAAGAGUCACCUGAUGCUGGCCGUGCGGGAGGAAGUGGAACUUAUGAGGGAGCAAAUCAAAGAGUUGCAAGAGAAGAACCAGCACCUGGAGGCAGAGAACCACAUUCUGCGUACAAACACGCACGCACACUUGGACCCCGUCACCACGCUAACAGGCAAACAAGAUGGACAGAUGGACAAUCUUCCUUCUAACGAGGGGACGCUAUAGGGACUUCACAACUACAAGACCGCGGAAGUUUCUGUCAAAUAAACAACAGCAAUUAAUUUAAUUGAUCUCUGACAAUUUUGGGGCCAGAAAACGUUGAACUUUACUUACUCUGAAGUAAGUAAGUAACUCCAGGGAAAAAAUAAAUUUUCUUGGCAAUGUCAGAAAUAGAGAAUGCUUAUCAUCUUAAAGUGGUUUGAUGCUAAAAUGGUUCGAAUCAUGUUGGAAGGAGUAGCGCAUACAAAAAAACGAUGCAGAAUAUUAUCUAAAGGAUUUUGGUGCCAAAUAGUCAGCAUUCACGCAAUGAUUACAGAAACGUCUUUUUCCUAUAUUAGGUUAUUAUAAAUACUAAUCUUGUGGCAGCACAGUGGUAACUAGUACCUAUCUCCCAAAACACAAGUUAGCCUCAUCCAUGUGUUAGUUUUGGGUCUUCACCCCAUUAACUGUGGACCAAAAAUUUACUAAAGGAGGCCUGUCCUUCUUAGGACAGUGGUUCCACCUAAGAAAACACUUGGGCUCUCCAAGUAUGGUCAACGUUAAAAUACAGUAGCAUAAAAACAAGGCAGAGGUUUUAUUUAACAAAGAACAUGUGGUAGAAAAUAGAUGGAUAUACACUACCGUUCAAAAGUUUGGGGUCACAUUGAAAUGUCCUUAUUUUUGAAGGAAGAGCACUGUACUUUUCAAUGAAGAUAACUUUAAACUAGUCUUAACUUUAAAGAAAUACACUCUAUACAUUGCUAAUGUGGUAAAUGACUAUUCUAGCUGCAAAUGUCUGGUUUUUGGUGCAAUAUCUACAUAGGUGUAUAGAGGCCCAUUUCCAGCAACUAUCACUCCAGUGUUCUAAUGGUACAAUGUGUUUGCUCAUUGGCUCAGAAGGCUAAUUGAUGAUUAG